AUGCCACCAAUUCAAUCAAAAGUUGAAGGAAGAGGUAAUGGUAUCAAAACUGUGAUCGUAAAUUUAAAUGAAGUUGCCAGAGCUUUAGGUAGACCUCCAACCUACGUUUUAAAAUUCUUUGGUUACGAAUUAGGUGCCUUAACUAAUGAAUCACAAGAUCGUUAUUUAAUUAAUGGGGUUCAUGAAGCAGGUGAAUUACAAGAUUCUUUAGAUGGUUUCAUUAAUAAAUUCGUUUUAUGUGGUUCUUGUAAGAAUCCAGAAACUGAAAUUCAAAUCAAAAAAGGGUUAUUACAAAGAGAUUGUAAAGCUUGUGGUCAUUUAUCAAUGAUUGAUAUUAGACAUAAAUUAUCUACAUAUAUUUUAAAGAAUCCUCCAUCUGACAAAAAAGGUAAAAAGAAAUCUGCUACUGCUACUGCCAAUGUUGUUGGUGGUGGUAAAUCCAUUGCUGAUUUAGCUAAAAAUGAUUCAAAUGGAGAUUCUGCUAACAAUUCAUUCGCUGAUGCUGGUGAUGAUGAUGAUGAUAUCUUAACCAAAAAAAUAAAUGCUGAAGCUGCAGCUUUGGCUAAUGCUAAGAUCGAAGUUAAUGAUGAUGAUUGGGCUGUUGAUAUGUCAAAAGAAGCUAUUGAAGCUAGAGCUAAAGAAUUAGAUAACUUAACCUUAGCUGAAUCUGAUGGUUAUACUCAAUUAGGUGAAUGGUUAUUAAAAGAAUCAAAAGAUUCAAAAGAUGAUUUACCAAGUGAUAUUGAUAUUUACAAGAAAAUCAUGGAAUUAGAAAUUUUAGAAAAUCCUGAAACUGUUCAAGUUUUAGCUCAAACUUUAUUCGAUGAUGAUGUUGUUGAACAAAUUGAUGAACAUUUAGGUUUAUUGAAAAAAUUAAUUAAAGGUGAAGAAGAAUCGGAAAAAGCUUUCUUAGGAGGUUUAGAAAGAUAUAUUGGUUUAGAAAAUCAAGGUUUAAUCGAAAAAGUUCCAAAAAUCUUAAUGACUGUUUAUGAUAAAGAAUUAAUUUCUGAAGAAGUCAUAUUGAAUUGGGGUACUAAAGUUUCUAAAAAAUAUGUUGCUAAAGAUAUUUCUAAGAAAGUUCGUAAAGCUGCUAAACCAUUCAUUAGUUGGUUACAAGAAGCUGAUGAAGAAAGUGAUGAAGAAUAA